AUGUUCUCAUAUAUCUUUUUCUUAAAUCAUAAUUUUCAAGGUCUAUAUUUUUGUGUUCCAUUUCGUGAACAACUACUCAAAUAUUAUGAGAAGGUUAAAAAUCCAGAUGUAGAAGAAAAUCUCCUUACAUGUUUGACAGAACUGUUUACACAGAUUAGUACACAAAAGAAGAAAACAGGUGUUAUUGCUCCCAAACGCUUUGUACAAAGAGUGAAGAAAGAAAAUGAACUUUUCCGUGGUUACAUGCAUCAGGAUGCACAUGAAAUUUUGAACUUUUUGUUAAAAGAACUAGUUGAUAUACUAGAGAAAGAAACAAAAGGUACAAAAGAACAUUCAUCACCUCCUGAAAAGAUUCCCAAUGGCAUACAUGUCCCUCUGGCCAAUGGUGUAAGAAAGGAGCCCUUGGUUACAUGGGUUCACAAAAACUUUCAGGGUAUACUCACAAACGAAACAAAGUGUUUAAGAUGUGAGACUGUAACUGCAAGAGAUGAGACACUCUUAGAUCUGAGCCUUGAUAUUGAGCAAAACAGUUCCAUUACAAGUUGCCUAAAGAACUUCAGUUCCACCGAGACUUUAAAUGUUGAGGAUAAGUUUUUCUGUGAUAAGUGCUGCAGUUUACAGGAAGCACAGAAGAGGAUGAAGAUCAAGAAACAGCCGCAUAUUUUAGUGAUACAUGUCGCAAAUAUGCCAAAUCUGAAAGGGUUCUUUUCCAUUAUAAUGGUCAUGGUGUACCUAAACCAACUGCCAAUGGUGAAAUUUGGUUUUUAACAGGGUAAUUAUAUGUUUUUAUUUUUCACUAUCUUUCUAUAUUCAUGACUUGUAUUCAAUAGUUUCCCUAGACUAAUUUCCUCUAUUCUUGUCAAAUGUUGUAGAGUUAUACACGGUAUAUUCCAUUGCCUAUCAGCGGCCUUGACUCAUGGCUCAAGACUCCCUCCAUAUAUGUUUUUGAUUGUUCUGCUGCAGGGAUGAUUGCCAAUGCCUUCAUAGAGGUAUUAUUAACUAUUUAUUUCUUGACAACAUUGUUAUUAUUGUUUGACUAAAUGCUUGAAUAUCAUUUAUAUAUAUAUAUAACUCCAGGAUUGGACUCCCUCAAGUUCUUCUUUAGUAACUUCACCAAGAGACUAUAUUCUACUUGCAGCAUGUGAAGCACAUGAAAAAGUCAUGAGUUUCCUAUUGAUGUCUUUAUUUCUUGCCUUACAACUCCCAUCAAGAUUGCCUUAAGAUGGUUUUGCACUCGAUCAUUACUACAUGAAUCACUUGAUUAUUCACUUAUAGACAGAAUACCUGGGAGACAAACUAAUCGUAAGAAACUUCUUGGUGAGUUGA